CCCCGCCUAGCGUCCGCUUCCGGGGUCCUGCGCACCCGUGGUGACUGAUCCUCGCGAGCAUGAUCGCGCCGGAAUUUGUUCUUGGGUUGGUGCUGCCAUUAAUCCCGUGGGCCGGCAGCAGUGCAGGUGUUGGUUUUCGCUUUGCUUCAUACAUCGAUAAUUACAUGGUGCUGCAGAAGGAGCCUGCUGGGGCAGUGAUCUGGGGCUAUGGGAUACCUGGAGCGACAGUGACCGUGAUCCUGUGCCAAGAAGAGGAAACCAUCAUGAAGAAGUCGACCAGUGUGAAAGCAGACUCUGAUAUCUGGAUGGUGGUACUGGAUCCUAUGAAGCCUGGUGGGCCUUUUGAAGUGGUGGCAGAACAGACCAUUGGGAGGAUAAAGCACACCCUGAGCGUGCAGAAUGUCUUAUUUGGCGAUGUCUGGCUUUGCAGUGGGCAGAGUAACAUGCAGAUGACUGUUUCUCAGAUAUUUAAUGCUACCAGUGAGAUGUCCAAAACUGCUGCCUAUCAGUCUGUUCGCAUCCUCUCAGUUUCCCUCGUUCAGGCACAGCAGGAGCUGGAGGACCUUCCUGGGGUUGAUCUGCCGUGGUCUAAGCCCACCGCACAAAACUUAGGCCACGGAAAUUUCACGUACAUGUCGGCAGUGUGCUGGCUGUUUGGGCGUAAUCUGUAUGACACCCUGCAUUAUCCCAUUGGGCUGAUUUCCUCCAGCUGGGGUGGGACCCCCAUUGAAGCCUGGUCAUCUGGAAGGUCACUGAAAGCCUGUGGGGUCCCUAAGCAAAGGUUCAUUCCUCUUCGUCCUGUAAGUGGCCCCAGUAAUAACUCUGUUCUCUGGAAUGCUAUGAUCCAUCCUCUACGUAAUAUGACUCUGAAAGGGGUGAUAUGGUACCAGGGAGAGAACAAUGUGAACUAUAACACAGACCUGUACAACUGCACCUUCCCUGCACUCAUUGAAGACUGGCGCCAAGUCUUCCACUAUAGCUCCCAGGGGCAGACAGAGCGCCUUUUCCCAUUUGGGUUUGUCCAGUUAUCUUCAGAUUUGCCUAUGGCAUCCUCACAGGAUGGAUUUCCCCAAAUCCGUUGGCAUCAAACGGCAGACUUUGGCUAUGUCCCUAACCAAAGGAUGCCCAAUACUUUCAUGGCUGUGGCUAUGGAUCUUGGUGAUAAGAACUCACCUUUUAAAAGCAUCCACCCUCGAGAUAAACAGACUGUGGCCUAUAGGCUGCACUUGGGGGCCCGUGCUGUGGCUUACGGUGAGAAGAAUUUGAUCUUUCAAGGACCACUGCCUGAGAAGAUAGAACUCAUGGUUGGCAAGGGGCUGCUCAACCUCACAUAUUCCCAGAAAAUCCAGGUGCAGAGGCUGGACAACAAGAUAUUUGAGAUCUCCUGUUGCAGUGGCCGUCAAUGCAAGUGGCUCCCAGCUCCUAUGGACGCUUUCUCCAUCCACACCCUGGCCCUGGAUGUAAAUCCUUGUCAUGGCACUGUAGUGGCCCUCCGCUAUGCCUGGACCACAUGGCCCUGUGGAUACAAACAGUGUCCCCUCUACCACCCCAGCAGUACCCUGCCAGCUCCUCCCUUCAUUGCUUUCAAUACAAACCAGGUUCCUGGUCGUCACGUGAGGUUGCCAAUGAGUUAGUUGCAAUAUGAUCAGAUCCUAGACAUGUGGGUCCUUUAGAUUUGGGCAUUUAGGAGUUUAAAUGAUGACCAUUGUUGCUUUUAAAGAAAAUUAACCAAAAAGGCUCACUGGACAGCUCCCAGUCCGAGGCAGCACAUGGCCAUCUCUAUUUUCUGAGAUGAGUCAGGGCUCAUAGGCAUGUGAAAUGCUUUCCGGUGGUCUAUAUCGGACUAAUUCUGAACUAUAAACAAAUUGGACCUUGAUGUCAUUCACUUCCCUCCUAUUUUGGGAGUGAAAUAUGUAACACUUUUGCUCUCUUUCAUCGAGAAUGGUGGAACCUCAGGGUCGGAAGAGAUUUUAAAGGCCAUCUGGUCUUUGUGUUCUUUACAAAAUCUCUGACAAGCGGUAUUGAAUUCUAAACCUCCAAACAGUUUUUCCUUAUGUGGAACUGAAAUCUUUCUUCCUUAAAACGUUACCAGUGCCUACCGUUCAUUUAGAUGAUUGAAGCCAGCCCUAUCUGUGUCUUCUCUGAGCCCAACAUGAUCCCAUUCAGUUUAAAAAAGGAUAAUUUGAGUGUUUAAAACCAACCAACCAACCAACCAGAACCGUGUGUAGGGAGACUGGGGGAUGCUAAGGACUGCCUUGGGAAGGAAGAGAAAGGUGGGGUGGAAGUAGUCCAGCGAAGGUUGGCAGGCUGCUGGGGGGAGGAGGAAUGGGAGACCUUUGGCCUAGGGAAAAGGGGAGAGUAGAGGCCAGUUGGAAGCAAGCAGGUUGUUAGAGGCAAAUAUAAAUCUCAGGCUCUUCAAAGGUAAGAGGUUUAACUAGAAAUGCAUCAUAAUCCAGACGGAAGAAAGUGAGGCUGAAUGUAAAACUACAUAAGCAUUUAGAAAAAAUAAUGCUGAUGAGACAUAUGUGGAGAGCUUCUGUGUGUACAAUUAAGACUCAUGCUUGUUUAUUGGUUGACUGAAAAAAACAGGUAAUGUCACUUGAUAAUUGUUAUGUAUUAGAAAUUGGAAAUAAAAAUAGAAACAUUAAUGAUGUGUAUGUAUUUCUAUC